GACUAAGGUGCACCUGACCCAAGCCAUGGUAUUUUCAGUCACCUCAUAUGCAUGUGAAAGCUGGACAGUGAAUAAGGAAGACUGAAGAAGAAUUGACACCCUUGAAUUGUGGUGUCCUCGAAGAAUGUUGAAUAUACCAUGGACUGCCAAAAGAACGAACAAACCUGUCUUUGAAAAAGUACAACCAGAAUGCUCCUUAGAAGCAAGGAUGGCGAGACUGUGUCUUACAUACUUUGGACAUGUUGUUAGGAGGGAUCAGUCCCUGGAGGACAUCAUGCUUGUUAAAGUAGAGGGUCAGUGGAAAAGAGGAAGACCCUCAACGAGAUGGAUCGACACAGUGGUUGCAACAGUGGGCUCAAGCAUAACAACGACUGUAAGGAUAGCACAGGAGGGGGCAGUAUUUGUUCUGUGGUGUGUACAUAGUGUUGCUGUGCGUCAGAGCUGACUGGACGGCACUUAACAACAACAGUGACAAAUGACGUUGAGGGUUUUUUCCUGUGCUUGUUGGCCAUUUGUAUAUCUUUGGUGAAAUGUCUAUUUGAGUCCUUUGCCCAUUUUUUGAUUGCGUUGUCUUUUUGUUGUAAAAUUGUAGGAGUUCUUUAUAUAGUCUGGAUAUGAAAUCCUUAUCAAGAUAUAUGCUUCCCAAAAUUUUUCUCCCAAUCUGUAGGUUGUCUCUUUACUUUGUCAAUAAAGUUUUGAUGCAUAAAAAUUAUUAAUUUUGAUGAAAUCCAGUUUAAUCUAUUUUGUCUUUUGUUGCUCUCAUGCUUUUGGUGCCAUAUCUAUAUUUUCUUCUCAGAGUUUUAUGGUUUUAGUCCUCACGCUAAGGUCCUUGAUUCAUUUUGAGUUAAAUUUCAUAUAUGGUGGUAAGGUAUGAGUCCAGCUUCAUUCUUUUGCAUGUGGAGAUACAGUUGUCCCAGCAUCAUUUAUUAAAGAGAUUAUUUUUUCCUUUGAAUAGAUUUCACACCCUUGUGGAAAAUCAGUUGACCAUAGACGUGUUGUUUUAUUUCUGGACUCUUAAUUCUAUUCCAUUGGUUUAUAUGUCAUAAUACCAUAGCUAGAUUUUUAAUAGGAGCUUUUCAGUAGUGUUUUCAAGAAGCUUUCUUGUUUCAAGCGUGGUUAAGGUCAGUUGCAAAUCAAUCCAAAGUACUUAAUGACUUUCGGUUGGUGUGCUCUGUACUUCUUUUUUUAAUCACAUAAGUGACCUUGGGAAUCAGACCUAGUGCCCUCAUUUCAUGUAGCAGAGCACUACUAAGUAAUUAAAUGUGGUAAUAUUGGAUUUUAUGACACGCAGUUUUGGUAUUCAUUCUCUCAAUCUGUGAUUUUAAAUCUGUAUUCUUAUGGUUUCUUAGUCUUUGGUUUAUUAAUUUGUAGAAGCUUUUAUGAAAAAAUGCUACAUCCAUGUUUUGAUUAUGCCCACUUGGUAAGAAGUGGGGGGGGAAGAGAGCUGAGAAAGAACCAUAUUUGGAGUUAGUAUAUGUAGAAUCAAUUUCUGCUCUAAUAACUUCUUACAGAUAAUUGAACAAAUGACUUAAUUUCUCUGAACCAUAGGUUUCUUAUCUGCUAAAUGGCUGAGCUGAUAACCCCUAUCUCGUAGGGUUUUUGGUUGUGAGUAUUAAGUACAGUAAAGAUGGCAAGAGUACCGAGUCUUCAAUUAAUGUUAAGUUGAAUGUGAAUGGAAAGAUAAAUGGAACCCAAAAUAAGUGCCAGACCAUAUUUUAAAGUUUUUUUUAUAAUAGCUUUAUUGAGACAUAAUUUACAUAUCAGACAGUUCAUCAAUUUAAAGUGUACAAUUCAAUGACUUUUAAUGUAUUCACAGAGUUGUAUAACUAACACCAUAGUCAAUUUUAGAAUAAUUUCAUCACUCUCGAAAGAAAUCCUGUACCUUUAGCAAUCACCCCUUUCUUCCCGUAUCCCCUACCUUAGGCAAUCACCAGUCUACUUUCAACAGUAGAUUUGCCUAUUUGUAUAUUUUUAUGUGACAUUUUAUAUAAAUAGAAUCAUAUAAUAUGUGGGCUUUUGUGAUUGGAUUUUUUUACUGAGUAUAAUAUUUUUAAGGUUCUUCCAUGUUGUGAAAAAAAAUGUGUAAAUACUUCAUUUCUUUUUACUGCUGUAAAAUAUUGUUUAUCCACUCAUCAGUUGUUGGUCAUUUGGGUUCUUUCAACUUUGGAUAUUAUGAACAAUGCUGCCAUGAACAUUUGUGUACAAGUGUUUGUGUGGACAUAUGUUUUCAGUUCUCUUGGGUGUAUACCUAGGAAUGGAAUUGUUGGAUCAUAGGUAACUCUAUGUUUAAACCUUUGAGGAAUUUUAGACUGUUUUCUAAAUCAGCUGCACCAUUUUAUAUUCCCAUCAGUGGAGUAUGAGUGUUCUGAUUUCUCUUGUUUUUUGUCUUUACUAGGUGUGAAGUGUUACCUCAUUGUGAUUUGAUUUACAUUUCCCUGAUCAGAUCUAUGAUUUGUAGAUAUUUUUUCCCCAUUCCAUGGUUGUCUUUUCACUUUCUUGAUGGUGUCCUUUGAAGCACAAAAGUUUUUAAUGAAGUAAGUCUAUUGUCUAUUUUGUUGCUUUUGCUUUUGUGUCAUAUCUAAGAAGCUUGUCCAAAGUCAUGAGGAUUACCCAUCUGUCUUCUUAGAGUUUUAUAGUCUUAGUUAUUUCAUUCAGAUCUUUGAUCUAUUUUGAUUUAAUUUGUGAGUUGUGGGUCAAACUUUAUUUUUUUGCAUGUGGAUAUCCAGUUGACCGAUCACCAUUUGUUGAAGAGCUUGUUCUUUCCCAGUUGAAUGGUCGAAAAUCAGUUGUCAAGUAUCAGUUUCUUUCUUUACUCUCAAUUCUGUUUCAUUGAUCUGUAUGUAUAUCCUUAUGCCAUUACCACACUGUUUUGAUUACAGUAGCUUUAUAGUAAGUAUUGAAAUUGACAAGUGUGAGCCUUCCAACUUUGUUCUUUUUCAGUAUUCUUUUGAAAGAUUCCAUUCUAGAUCCCUUGAAUUUCCACAUGAAUUUUAUGAAUAGCUUGUAGGUUUCUGCAAAGAAGGCAGCUGAGAUUUUGGUAGGGAUUGCAUUGCAACUGUAGAUCACUUUGGGAGUGCUGCUAUCUUAACAACAUUGAAUCUUCUGAUCCAUCAAUGUGGAAUGACUUUCCAUUUAUUCAGAUCUUUAAUUUCUUUCAGUGAUUCUUUGUAGUGCUCAGAGUAUAAGCUUUGCACUUCUUUUAUUAAAUUUAUUCCUAAGUAUUUUGUUCUUUUUGAUGCUAUUGUAAGUGAAUUGUUCUCUUAAUUUCAGUUUUAGAUUUUUCAUUGCUAGAAUGUAGAAAGACAAUAUUGAUCUUGUAUCCAGCAACUUUGCUGAACUUUAUUGGUUUUCAUCAUUUUUUAGUGGCCCAAACCACAUUGUAAGCCAGUAAUAUCAAACUCUUUUCCAUCAUACUUUUAUCAGAAUUCCUAGUAUGUCUUUAUGAUUUUUGGAUGAUGAUGAUAUUAUUCAUGUUUAUUUCGUUUAUCUCAUUAAAUUCUUCCCCCACAUGCAAACUCUCUGAGGAAAGGACCCUGGUUGUCUUGCUUACCUUUCUAUACCCUUCAUAGGCUUAGCAAUUUGGUACAUCUCCAAGGAUUUGCUGAAUAGAGUUAAAAAAAAAAAAAAAAGGAUUGAACUUAGAGUCUUUUAGAGGUCAUUAAGACCUGCUUUCUGCUGGAUGCAGGAAUUGUUUUUCUGAUGCAUAUUAUUUUGAACUUUGUGGUAGGUAGACUGCUAGCUUAUUAUACAAGUCCUGCCCUUUUAACACUUCAUACCUUUAUACCUUUGAAAAGCCUUCUGUGUAUGCCCACAAUGAAUCCAUCCUUGCUAAAUUCCAGUAACACAGCUUGUUAUUAUUUUUACAUGUCUCUCUGUUUUCUACCCAGCUAGGCAAUAUCCUCCUUUAGUAGGAUGGCACUCUGCACCCAGAGGUGCUUAUUAAUGCUUACUGAUUUGUUACCUGAUUAUAAGAGGACACCAGAGGAAAAAAUAUGGUGUCAUCUUAUUCUCUCUUUUUUGUUACUUUUAUCACUAGCUGAGGUCCUGGGUGGUGCAAAUGGUUUGCACUCAACUACUAACCUAAAGGUUGGCAGUUCAAACCCACCCAGCGGCACUGCAAGAGACAGGCCUGGCGAUCUGCUUCCAUAAAAUGUUACAGCCAAGAAAACCAUAUGGAGCAGCUCUACUCUGUAACAUAUGGGGUCACCAUGAGUUGGAGUGACAGGACAGCAACAGGUUUGGUUUUGAUUUUAACACUAAUUGAACUGUAAGUCCUCAGUGAGAAUGUCCAGAAAAGGGAAGUUUUCAAAGAAUAUUCAGUCUGCUUAGGGGAAGACCAGAUUGAGGACUUAAGAUGUAAUUAAGGAACAAUUAAAAGCUGAAUUAAUUACUAAUAUUGAUUAUAGAACACUUAACAAUUUGAUCUUCGCACUGGGAAUACAGUAGUGAAUAAAACAGAGUCCCCAGCAUGCUAGUGUAUAGAGACAGAAAAAAAAAAAAAAAAUCAGGCAAGGUAUGGAGAAAAAGGAGUGAUUGAAGGAGAGGAUGCUAUUUUAGAUAUUUAGAUAUUUUAGGUUGAUCACCUCAUGAGGUGACGUGUGAGUGGUGAUCUUAAUGAAAUGAAGGAACAAGUCUUAUUGAUAAUCCAAGAGAAGAAUGCCUUAGGCAGAGAGAACUGUAAGUGCAAAGUUUCUGAGGCAGUAUUCUGCUUGUCUUAUCAAGGAACAACAAAAAGGGAACCAUGCCCCUACUGCUGUUCACGGUAAGGGAUCUGAGGCUUGCAUGUUCUUGGUCCUUACUGUUGGCCACUGUUGGAGUAUUUCCAAGCAGCAUGAAAGUUGAUGCUAAAAUUUAAUUUUACUGUAGUGUGGCCGAAGUGUAAUGACCUAGGAGAGUGGUAGAGAUCAGCUAGGUAGAAGGGAGCUAGACGGCACGGUGUCUUAUAGGCCAUGGUAAUGACCUUGAAUUUUACUCUGAGUGAGAUGAGGAACCAUUGCAGAAUUGUAAACCAAGUGGAGUGUCAUGAUUUGAAUUGAAUUUAAAAGGAAUGUUUUGGCUUCUGGGAAGAAAGGAACAGAGGAUAGACAGAUGGUGAGGACAGAAGCAGGUGGAUCAAAUAGGAAGCCAUUCCAGCAGUUAAGGAGAGAGAUAAUGAAGGCUUGAACCAGGGUAGUUCAAGGUAGUAGCAGUAGGGAUGAUAAGAAGUGGUUAGAUACUGGAUAUAUUUUGAAAGUAGAACUGACAAAAUUUGCUGAUAGAUUGGAUGAGGAUUAUGAGAGUAAAAAACUAGUCAAAGAUGAUUCUGAGGUUUUUGUCUUGAGCAACUACAAGAUUGGAGUUGCUGUUUACACAGAUGGGGAAGACUGGGAGGAACAGGUUUGUAGGGAGGGAUUAGGCAUUUAUUUUUAGACAUAGCGCAUUUAAGAUAUUUAAUAGACAAUCAAGAGGAGUUGUCAGAUAGACACUUGGAUAUACAAGUCUAGAAUUCAGAGGAGAAGUCUGGGUUGGAGAUAUAAAUUUGGGAGUCAGUAGUAUAUGUAAAGCCAUGGACUGGAGAUCAUGUAAGACAUAUGUGCAGAUAGAUCAGAGAAGAGAUUUGAUGAAUUUAAGAGGCUGAGAAGAUCGAAGGAAUAGCCAGUGAAGUAGAAGAAGCACCAAGUCAAAGUGGAGGCCCAGAACCAGAUAAUCUGUGGGAGAUAAUAGGUAUCUUGGCUUGGUAAUCCGGAGUGCGAAAUCUAAUUACAAUGUGGCUCCAAGUAACUGUGGGACAUUGGACAGUUCACUUUAUGUCCUUGGGUAUUGGUUUCCUGAUCUCCAAUGUGCAAGAUUUGACUAGAUUUUCUAUAAACUUCCCCCAUGAUAGUAAUAAACAUAUUUAUAUGACACUUUAUAGUUUGUACAAAGAAUUUUUAUGUGUUUAUUUCAUCUUCAUUAUUUUUAACAUAUAUUUUUAACACAGAUGAGGAGAUUAAAGAAGUUAAUCCAAGGUUACAUAGUCAAGAGUUUUGAAUCCAGUUUGGCCUGAUACCAAACCUGUGUUCUUUUCUUCUGUGCAACAACUAUCUUUUUACACUAACAUUCUACAGUUCUGUGACCCUGAGCACAUAGAAUUCAUUUGUUCAGUAAGUAUUUGUUGAAUACCUGCCAUGUGUUAGUUACUGUUCCGAGUGCUGGUGGUAUAGCUGUGGCCAAGAAAAACUCCCUUCUCUUAUAGAUCUUUUAUUCUAGUGGGUAGACUCACCGUAAACAAACAUACUAACAAAUAAUAUAACUUUAACAACAGCAACAACAAAACCCGAACACAUUGCUAUAGAGUCAAUUCUGACUCAUAGCAACCCUAUAGGACAUGGUAGAACUGCCCCGUAGGGUUUCCAAGGAGUGGCUGGUGGAUUCGAACUGCUGACCUUUUGGUUAGCAGCCAAGUUCUUAAUCAUUGCACCACCAGGGCCCACUUUCGGGACAUAAAAAAUAAAGCAGGGUAUAAAAGAACAGGGUACAUUGGGGGUGGGGGGUGAUCAAGGAAAGCCUCUCUGAAGAGAUGGUGUUUGAGUAGAGAACCUGAAUGAUCUGAAGUAGAAAACCAUGAGAACACGUGGUGGUUCAGAGCAGAGGAAACAGCUAAUGAGAAAGGUCCAGGGACAGCAACUACCUAGGUGUAUUUUAGAAACAGCAAGAAGACUUUUGGUAGGACAUGAGGUGGAUAAGCAAAGCACAUAAAGCUUCGGAUUCAUUUAACCCUGGGGGUCAGUUCUGACUCCUGUCAUUUACUUUGUGGUGUGACUGUGGGCAGAGUACCUGAUUUUUCUGAGCUUUAAUUUCCUUAUCUAUAAAACAGAGAUGAUAGAAGGUGGUCUUGAGAGUGAAAAGAGAGAAUGAAUAUAAAACACCUAGGAUGGUGAUACGGUUACUGCAUACCUACUAUGAGACAAUGUUCUAGGCAGUCAUUCCACGGUUAUCAAAUGAAUUUAGUUGUUUUUUAUGUUUUUUAUUUUUUCCAUUUGUUUUAGUCAGCAGAUCUUAAAAUUCCUUUUUGUGCCAGGGCUGUACAAGGCAUGCUUCCUGAUCUCACCUUUGUGUUGAAAUCAGGGAAGAAAGUGUUGGACUGAAAACAAAAUGAGUUAGAAGUUGAUGAGUAGGUACAAAAAUAAGGGCUUGAGAUUCUGGUAAUUGCAGUCUCUGAUACAUUAUUUAUUAUGGAAAGAGACUCCAUGUGCAUUUCUGUCAUCUUCCCUCAUCACCAAAUACUAGUUCUACACAGGCACUUCCCAGCCAGUCUUCCUGCUGACCCAAACCUGCUUGCCUUAGGAAAAUCAGAUAGGAGCCAAAUCCACCAUCCUUAUAAGACCAUCUGCUUUCAGACCUGCAGCUGCUGCCCUGAACAAUUGCAACCCAACACAACUGGAAUGAUUUAUUCAUCUCUAGGUAACAUUUGUGCACCAACCUUCUGGCAAAGUACAGUAUCAGCUUUGCACUUCCUGAAGAAUCCAGCACAGGUGGCCAGCUGUACUGUGAAGGAUGCUUCUGGCUUAGAAAUGGCUGAUGGACAGGUGGAGGAUCCUCAGUCUUCCACAAUGAACCCUGUUUACAGCCCCGUGCAGCCUGGGGCUCCCUAUGGCAACCCCAAGAACAUGGCCUACACAGGUUACCCCACGGCCUACCCAGCAGCGGCUCCUGCCUACAAUCCCAGUCUCUACCCCACCAAUAGUCCCAGUUAUGCUCCAGAGUUUCAGUUCCUGCAUUCAGCUUAUGCAACUCUGCUGAUGAAACAGGCCUGGCCACAGAACUCGUCUUCCUGUGGCCCUGAAGGCACCUUCCACCUCCCAGUGGACACCGGGACCGAGAACCGAACUUAUCAAGCGUCCUCUGCGGCUUUCAGAUAUACUGCAGGGACACCAUACAAGGUCCCACCAACCCAGAGUAAUACUGCUCCGCCCCCCUACUCCCCAUCACCCAACCCAUAUCAGACGGCCAUGUAUCCAAUCAGAAGUGCCUACCCCCAGCAGAAUCUGUAUGCCCAGGGAGCCUACUAUACACAGCCGGUAUACGCCGCCCAGCCCCAUGUUAUCCACCAUACCACCGUUGUCCAGCCCAACAGCAUUCCCUCUGCCAUCUACCCAGCACCCGUCGCUGCCCCCAGGACCAACGGUGUGGCCAUGGGCAUGGUUGCAGGCACCACCAUGGCAAUGUCAGCGGGUACCCUGCUGACUACACCACAGCACACUGCGAUCGGGGCACACCCUGUCUCCAUGCCAACAUACAGGGCCCAAGGAACCCCUGCGUACAGCUAUGUGCCCCCUCACUGGUAAAGCCUGCAGCCCAUCCAAAUCUGGAGUCACACAUUGUAUGCAACUACUCAAGUCUUACACAGGUGCUGGAGCAGUCCCCUAGCAGCACCACCUCUAUUUGCAAGAAGAGACAACAGAAGUGCAAGGGUCACUUUAUGCAUUUUAGUGGUUUUGGUUUUUAUUUUUGAUUUUUGUAAAAGCUGCUUUUUCUAAUCUCCUGCCUCUCCCCGACUGCCUCCUCUCUUAGCCGGCUGCCCUUCCAGCUCCACCCCCUCCUCCUACCUGACCAGCCACAUCUUCUCUGCUCUUCUUUUCUUCCCCAAGUACUCAGCUCCCAGGGGUCCCAGUCUAGUGGCAAGCAGUGAAUGGGGUUUAUGCAUUGGUUCAGCUGAAGGCUCAAUUUCAUUUGAAGAGCAUAAACAGAUGUGGCCCUCGGGUCCAGGGUAGGAACUCAGAGCUGUUGAGCAGGCCACAUCUCUGGUUUUUUUUUUUUUUUUUUUUGGUGGGGGGGGGGGAGGGGGUGUUUCCUAAGCAAGAUUCGUAUAGGGCAUUACUGUGUCCUGACACAAAUGAAAUAUCUUCUGAGAACCAUCGCAACAAACCAAGAGCAAAACCACCUGAUGAUGUAGGAGUGUUGAUAGCCGCUUGAUACACCAGGCUGAGCACCUGGGAAAACCAGACUUUUUCCUUGGGAGAACUUGGGGGAGGGUGGGGGAGGUAGGGCACGGUGGGAAGGGGGAGGGAAGAAAGGGAGAGGGUGCUUGCCUGCUGGCUUUGUUUGAAAGGUCUCUGGCCAGAUUGGGCCUGGACCUUCUGAUUUGCACAGUGAUGUAAACAGACCUGGCACUUCCUCAAAAGGUGGUUUUGACCUUAGACAUGCCAAGCAGUUAUGGGGCAGUGAGACCGCAGUGUCCCAAGACGUUGGAAGGCCAGGUGCCCUGUGUAAUCCAAACCUUGGCCUCUGAGCCUUCACAUACCCACUUAGAUGAGGAGCUUCCUCCUGACUGGGAUGGGAACUUGCAGCAUUUCUCCCCCUUUCCCUCAGGCCUUCCCAGUGCCAGGGCUCACCUGUCUGUCCGUGGGGCUGGCAGGCAGGCCAAGCUCUUGGUUACCUUGUGCCAUUCAUGGCCAAAGUGAAGGAACCAUAUUCCAGGUGGGUGCUGGCAGCUCUGAAGGUCAUGAUAGUGAAGGAAAGCAAUAGCAAUAAACAUUUCAUAGACUCAUGGAACUGAAGGGACCUUAGCAAUCAUCUCAUCCAUUCCCUGUGUGACAGAUGAUGGACUGAGGCCCAGACAGGAGGAAAAGACUUCCCGAGACCUCACAGUAGAUUAGCAUCAAAUGCAGCCAUCCUACCUUGGGGCAUGUUCCCUACAAAAAUUUACCUAGGGAUGGACUGGCUUGGUUUUUUAAAAAACUAAGUCAACAGUGCCCACACCUGGCAAACUCUGGAACAGUCUCUGGGCUUUUGUUUCUGCUCUUUUCCUUCAUGGAUUCCAAAGGUAGGGGUUGAAGACUGGGCGGAGGCCGCAUGAGGGCAGAUGGCAGGAACAGAAAAUGCAAAGGAAGAAAUAGCAUUUGGAAAUUCUGCGAAGACAUCUGCAACUUUCAUCCUAUACCUGACUCCAACCCUAGGAGGGGGAGCAAGUGGGCUCAAAAGGAGAGGCCAUGAUUUUAGGACAGUAUCCCCUCAUUCUGAGAGGAGAGGAAAAAGAGCUUCCUGAGAGGAAAAUGGAAGCCAUCAGGAGAGGAGGACGAGGACGAGGACAAGGCCCAGCAGACAUAGGUUUAUCUGGGAGAAGAGGUGCCCCAGGGACAAGGGGCCCCUGCUUGUCUGAGCUAGGAGCCUGGAUUGCCCAGCACUGCUCUCCUGCCCUCCAGUGCUUGGCUGGGCCAGCAACCCCUCUGGGGUGGGGCAGGAACCUGACAUUUUACUGUACAAAAUGGGAUCAUUGAGAACAUUUGGGACUUUGAAAUUUGUGUUUUUAUUUUAAAUUGGUGCAAACUUGGAUAUUCUCUUCCCCCUACCCCCCGCCUCCCCCCCAAUGUCUCCCUAAAGGAGGAAAAAAUGAGGACAAACCCUUGGGCUGGCAGGACCUCAGAAGCUGUCCAGCCCUUCCCAGGAGGGCAAAAGCCCAUCAGUAUCCUUGGCCCAGAGCCAGGAGUUAGGGGCCCACCCUCCUGGCCUUCCAGGGAGCUUGAGAACCAGUAAGGAAAAAUCCAACUGUUGUGAAUGGUCAUUUUAGUUCUGGGAUGCUGAAGAGCUUUGGUUUUGAAACAGCAGGAAGUUUUCCAGUGUUAAUCCAUUUUUGCAGAUACCUCCUCCCAUUUGCUGUAGUUUUGUAAGGGUAGGUAAAGGUUAUAUUAGAUUAUGUCAUACGUGUUUCAAAAAUGCCAAAAUAAUAAUACUGAUAAUAAUAGGGAACCUUUGCAUUUGUCAGGUGCUUCAUAAAUUCCAAAGCACUUCACAGCCUUUAUUUUACUGACCCUGAGAGAGAGAGACAGGGUCCAGAGCUAUUACACCCACUGGACAAAAGAGGAAACCCAGGUUAUAGAAGGAAAACGAACUUGCUCAAAGUGAGCAGAACGCUGGUGUCCUGACAGGCUCCCCAAACCUUGCUGCUUCCCAGUGGGCUUGGGUAGAACCAUGGAGGGAGGAGGCAAGGAGGAGACCUAGAAAUGACCCUGUCACUUUGCUUUUUGUAUGACUAAGUAAAAAUCUAACAUCUAUUACCUCACAGUUCACAAAGCAAUUUCAUAUACUUCAUCUGGUUUAAUCCUUCCAACAACCUAUGAAGUAGAGAUUAUUGCUCUUAUUUGAUCCAUGAGGAAACAGAGGCUCGGAAAGAAAGGUAAACUGACUUGCUAAUAUCAGCAGAGCCCCUUGAAUCCUAGUCUGUCUGCUGUUUCUUUCCCUUCCACUCUGACUCCACACACAGGCUCACAUACUCAAGUAUCUAUGCUUUGCACUCUAUUGUAGCCCCUAGUAUGUAAUUCAGGAUCAAAGAGAAAGCACUGAAAGGCUAUGGUCUGGGAGAGUGCAGGCCCAGCAUUUCUUUCUCAGUGUCAGCACAGAGUUCAUCUGGCCUCACCCUUUUGCCUUGACUGAGAUCCACAAGCCUGGCCAAGCUUGGGGAGUCAGUGCAUAGGGACUGAGUCCAGGAGAACAAGUGCAGUAGUGUGCCUCCAGUAAGGUCACAGGCACCUGUUAGGAGGUACUAUAGGUAUCAUCCAAAGAUUCUAGAUAGCCCAGUGGUCAGGAUGGAAAGAAGGUCAGAGCUGGACAGGCCCUCUCUUUGUAGGAAGGUGCAGGCAAGCCAAGAGGGCGUGUCCUUGUGACAGUGAACUGCAGAGCUGGACCAGCAAGCAAACCCUUAUCUCCAUCCCACUCCAGUGCUUCUCCCCAUGUGCCACAAGCAUGGUGACCAGGUUCAGAGGUAGAGGUGGUUUCAGUUAUCAAAUCCUCUUGGCUUCCCCCACUUCUACCUGAUUCCUCUCUUUACCAGCCUGGGGCCAAAGAAGUUUGAGCCUGGAAGCUGGACUGUCCGCAGGUGGUAAAUGCCUGAAACAAUCUUUUGCCACAUUUGGGUGGGGCGGUGGGGAGUAGAUUUAGUUUCUUGCCCAUGACACAGGACAGUUGCUGCUCCUCUCAUUCUUGGCAGUGACCCUACAGUGUGUAUUGUCUUUCCCAAACACACUCAUUCUGUAUUGUAUUCAACAGGGACACACACAUACAGGCACACAUGUGUCUGUCAAGAGUUUUCUUGGUACAAAGUACUUCGACAUUGAUUGCCAAAAAUCCCCAUUUUGUCGUUGAAAAAACUAAGGCUUAGAAGGCUUAAGAGACUUGCCAAAGGUCACUCAGCUUGUAAAUGAAAGAGCCAGGAUUUGAACUCUUCAGUCCUCUGCUGGCACCUGGUGGGUCUCUGAGUGGCAGGCAUGAAGAAGGAAUGGGCUGCCUGUCUGCCCCAGAGUAGAGGAAGGCUCAGUGGACACCUGGGAAGCUUAGUCCUCCUAACUGAGCAGAUUUUUGUGAGCUUUUGCUUUGGGCCAGGGCCUGUGAGGAGGCACUGGGGAUAUAUCCAGCUGGCAGCACAGGGAGGGUGAGAAUUGGCAACAAAAGGCCUGAAUAAAAUACUCUGGAGUCAUGAUGGCCAGGACUGAAAACACUCUUGUCCCUGAGACGCCUGCACACCCUUGCUUUCUGAUCCCAGAGAGCCUGGCUGCUGCCCAGAUCCAGUGGACAGGCAAUUCAAGGGGACCUGGUGUGGCCCUGAAUGGCCAAAAGCAUUCUGGACUCAAGUCUCUAGGCUUGCUUUUCCCAUGGACGAGAACCAGGACCUAGAGAGACACUGAAUGAGUAGGCCUCAUGCGUCCCUACCCAAUCCUUUCCCCUGGCUUCACCCAAAUUGUUCCAAAUUUAAGGUACUCCACUCCCAGAGAUCUGCAGGGACUUCUUUGCAGCGGCUUAUUUUGUUCUGAGGAGCCUUCAGAAAUCAAUCACAUGGAACAUAAAAGUAGGGCAGGCCCCAUAUACACCAAGAUCUAGUGUCCCCAUUGUGCAGACAAGACACAGGACAUAUCCAGGGUCUCAACAAGGCACUGGUUGAGGCAGGACUAGAGCCAGCAUAUCAAAUUCCCUUGGCUCUGCUCUGUGACAAGACGGGGAGGACCCAGAGGGGAUGGGUCCCACUCUGGGCCUUGUGGUCUUAAUCACAGCACGUUGGCUAGAUCAGUCAUCUAGAUCUCACCGCGGCACUUAUGCGUCUCAACUGGAGUGAAAGUAUGUGGAAGCUCUGCUUUGACAUCCUGUAUUCCACCACAUCACUAAAAAACUCAUGGCCGUCGAGUUGAUUCCGACUCAUAGCAACCCUAUAUAGCACAGAGUAGAACUGCCCCAUAGGGCUUCCACGGAGUGGCUGGUAGAUUCCAACUGCUGACCUUUUGGUUAGCAGCUGAGCUCUUAACCACUGCACCAUCAGGGCUCCGCCACAAGGUGUAAAUCCAAAGGGGGCAGGUCGGGUAGUGAGUGGGCAAGUAGGUAGCAGGCUUCGUGCUGGUGUGCAGCCCCAGAAGACCAGACCUGGAAAGCAGUAUCUCACUGGAAGGAACCCAGCCAGGCAAACUGAUUAAAUUCCACACCUGAGCCUCUAAGAGCUCAGGCUUCUGUAGGCAUGACACACUGGCUGCUGGAUUUGUCCGUUACCUGUCUACAUUCCCCUCUCCUAUGAGACUCCUUAUUUUUGAAAUUAGGCAUUACAUGGUUCUAGGGCCCAGCCUUCAAAAUUCCUGGCAGUCCAGCUUCAACAUUCCACAGGCCAACCUUGCCUGAAGCAGACUUGAGUUCCUCUCUCUGUUUCUUCAGUGGGUAUUUGCUAUCUUGCAUGCUGUGGAGUCCAGCCCAGAGGCCAAGUGAGGAGUCCAGGAGUUGGAACUGGCUGCCACAAAACCAGAAAGGGAAGCUGCAGCACUCACUUCCCUAUGGCUGUAUUCAUAAUCCCUAGGUAUCCUUGCUGUGGCAGUGAGGCCCUAUAUCAUUCCAGCCCCUGGGAGGGGGUGUUUUCCUUCCUGAAAGGAACAGAUACAGCAGCCUUGCAGAGAAGUACCAGGAAUCAAUGGGUGAAAUCAGCUUUGGGUCCCAUCCUAGCAAGACCAGCAUCUCCAGGCUCCAGCCUUUCUCAUGCCUAGAGGCCGUGAAUGUAGGACUGGCCCAGAGACCUCCUUUGGGUCAACCAGAUUGUCUGGAUCUGUGGUGUGACUCAACUUCCUCCUUACUAAACGAGAGGUAAAGCCAGGCCUCUAGCAACUUGUAGUUGUCCUGUGAUAACCUUUAAAUGUCCAAGGGCCUGCCCCCAUCUCCUGACUUCAAGGCUUCUGCAUCCCUGUUUCAUAUCACGUGAGAGAGAAACCUGUUCUCAUGGCAUGUAAUAUCCCUGUGAGAGAGCGUUGUAUAUGAUUUUGUAUUUUUUAAUUCAUUUUAAUCUACAGGUUGGAGUCUAAUUUUUAAAUUUUAUUGGAACUCACAUUUUAAGAAAGAAAUAAAAGCAUUUAAAAUAAUAAUAAACCUUUGACCGGUGUCUUCCAAGUAGUUUGAUCAAAAAACUUCUAGAUGUUUUUAAAACAUAGCCUGGAGUGUAAAGAUGGGAAAGCCCCAUGGCCUCACUUGUAUGUAUGAAGUGUAAAUCUGGUUUUGUUGUUUUGGAUUCUUUUGGGUUUUUCUGUUUUAAGAUCAGAUAGUGAUCAUGAAAGAUUGAAGCCAAGAAUUUGUAACUAUGAUAUUUACUGUAAGCUGUAGAACAUUCAGUAACUAUUAAAAAAGUUUCCAAAAAAAAAAAAAAAAAA